AGACGCUACCGUAUUAAUACUGGGAACGAUAGCAUUUACAAUGACUAGAUUCAUAUGAUUACUACAUGUAUAAUUUAAGCUCCUCUCUCGAGAUUGUGGUGAUGCUGUAGAAGUCUGGUAAUGAAUAGAGGGCCUUUGAGAAGCUCCGUUAAUGCUUAGUCAUCAGGACUUCUCCGCCAUCUCAGCUUCGGACCCUUGAGGACGAGGGGGGGAUGAGCCAUCAACACCAAGUCAACAGACCCAACACCCACCUACUUGGUUUUCCUGAUCAAGGGAACGAGAUUUCUAAUUUCUUAACGACACAAUUACACACUGCCAGCCGGAAUUAAGUCAGUAUGGGCAACACAAGUUCACAGGUGUUGGAGAACAUCGUGCAAGGGUCUAACUUUGACCGUGAUGAAGUUGACCGUCUCCGCAAGCGCUUUAUGAAACUUGACAAGGACAAUUCUGGCACAAUCGAGCGUGACGAAUUCUUAAGCCUCCCACAAGUCUCUUCAAAUCCGCUAGCAACAAGAAUGAUAGCUAUUUUCGAUGAAGAUGGUGGUGGGGAUGUCGACUUUCAAGAAUUUGUUUCUGGCCUGAGUGCAUUUUCUAGCAAAGGGAAUAAGGAAGAGAAGCUCCGGUUUGCGUUCAAGGUCUAUGACAUUGACCGAGAUGGAUACAUUUCCAACGGCGAGCUGUUCAUUGUCCUGAAGAUGAUGGUUGGAAGUAAUUUGAAAGAUCAGCAACUGCAGCAGAUCGUCGAUAAAACGAUUAUGGAAGCUGAUCUGGAUCGUGACGGAAAAAUCAGUUUUGAAGAGUUCACAAAAAUGGUGGAGAACACUGAUGUCUCCAUGAGCAUGACGCUAGAUGUGUUCUAAUUUGCGCUUCCGACACCCUUCUAUGCCCGAUAGUUCAAUCAGCUUGGAUGCAUCUAAAGGUGCUAUCAAAAAUUG